AUGCCCAAUAUCACCCCUGUUCCCACGCCCCCUUGGAACUAUAUUGCGAAACUUGUAUGCAUAGGGGAUUCGGCGACAGGAAAGUCUAGUUUGACCAUCCGCCUCUGCGAGGGAAGAUUCUCCGCCUCUCACGAUGUCACCAUCGGCGUCGAAUUCGGUUCGAGAAUAGUGCCUGUUGGCCCUCCGGCAAAUGCGUCGUUGGGGAUCGGUGCGCCCAAUGGCGAGGCCAGACAUACAAAUUCCGCGGAACAGAAAAAGAUGAAGCUAUCCUUAUGGGAUACUGCAGGGCAAGAAACAUAUAAGAGCAUUACACGGAGUUACUUCAGGGGCGCAUCCGGUGCUCUGUUAGUAUUUGACAUCACGCGCAGGAGCAGCUUUGAGUCAGCAACAGGCUGGCUUAAUGACCUCAGGCAGAUUGCCGAGGAAGGGAUUGUUGUCAUUCUGGUGGGUAAUAAAUCCGACCUGGCUGCGCAAAGCACCGACGUAGAGGGCGGGACCAAACGUGCGGUUAGCAAAGAGGAGGCGGAGGACUGGUGUCGAAGAGAGAACGUGGUCAAAUAUGUCGAGACAAGUGCUAAAAGCGGUGAAGGGGUCGAGCAAGCAUUCCUCGAGGUGGCCGAAAGAAUAUACCAGAACAUUGAGGCGGGCAAAUACGAUCUCACCGACCGAAGAAGCGGAGUCAAAGGAUAUGGUACUGGCGCUGGACGAGAAAAAGGGAAGGCUCCCAAAACUGUCAAUCUUACGAUGAACGAUGCAGUCAAGAAUGGACAAGGCAGGGGAUGCUGCUGA